CGAGUAAAAGAAACAUCUUCCCUGGUUAAAGUUCAAGAACAUGGUGGCCUAGGUGAAGAUGCUCAAUGUUAUGUAGCCAUGCUGGAAUCUGUUACUAUAUAAUACCUUACUAUAUCCCUUAAUUCAUUUGGUGUUUGACUGUGUGUUCUGCAUAGACGCUUAAGGUUAAUCAUAAUUAGAUUUAAUCUUUAACAUGUUGCGGGCUUUAUCGAGGUGUCACACUCCUGUAGUCCGUCUGCUCUCUCCUCGUACUGCUGUUUUGAUCGAAACUGUCAGGGGAAGGAAAUCUCGCACAGACCCAAAAGCGAAGUCAAAAUUGGGAUUGGUCAAGACCCCCCCUCCCGUGGAUCCAGGAGAAAUGGUUGUAUUGAAGGAGCGUUACACUGAAUACAGUCUGAUCUUGAGAGCCCUGCGACUUGAAUUCAAGGAGCAGAUGUUGAGGAAGAAAUAUGAAGAAGAGGUUGGUUCCGUGGCAGAGGAAAGAGCCAAAAGGGAAGCAGAAGAGCACCGGUCACUGAUGGCCUUGAAUGAUGCUGAAAACCUAAGAAUGUUUCAAAAUAGAGAGCAACGCAUGCAGAAGGAGGCUGAAGCUGCUGAGCUGAAGAAGAGAGAAGCAGCCAUCUUACACCAGCAAGAGCUGGAGAACUACAUUAAAGAGAAAGAAAGACAAAUUCUUCUGUUACAGGAAGAGGCAAAGGACUUCAUCACACCGGACAAUCUAGAUCAGCGGAUUGAAGAGGCUCUUGACAACCCGAAAAACUACAACUUUGCCAUUGAUAAAGAAGGACGUGUUGUCAAACGGACUGCAUUUCAGCGAUAGGGAUUUCAAAAACCAAAAUACAUACAAUGUACAUAAAAUA